AGUUUGUUGACACAGGCCUGGUAUUGGGGUUUGGGCACUUUUUUAAAGCAUUACAAAUGUCUCCAAUCUCUUAUCUUAAGGUGGUGCCAAAGUUCAGUUGCAGUUGUCGGAUGGGCUGGGGUUCAGGUGGAGCCUGGGAUGGUCACAGCAUUUGUUUCACAUUAUCUGACCAGAUGUCGGGGAGAGGUGUGCCGUGCCUGCGCUGCCGGGGGCUGUGCACGGGCUUCGAGCCACACUCCUGGAGGAAGGUGUGCCGGGCGUGCCGCUGCGGCCAGGAGGAGCACGGGCCGGGCCCGGAGCUGGACGAUGACCGCAGGGUGGGCCGGCUGCUGGCGGGCUCGCAGCACGCCGCCCUGACCGCGCGGGCCCCGGGCGGCCGCGUCUACAAGAGGAACCGCAUGAUCGUCACCAACCCCAACCUCUCGGGCAAGGACCCCACCUUCGACACCGUCACCUACGAGUGGGCGCCCCCAGGCCUCACCCAGAAACUGCCCGCGCGGCAGCUGCCGCUGCACGACCAGGACCCGGCGCAGUGCCGCGGGCUGGGCGAGGGCGAGCAGCCCCUGAUGGAGGAGUUCGUCAGGAGGUACAAGGCCGAGGCACUGGGAGUCGGGGAGGUGGCGCUGCCCGGCCAGGGCGGCGCCAAGGAGGAGGAGAAGCGCCAGGAGCAGAGCACGGAGCCCGGCAGAGCCCCCGAGUCACCCAACGGGGCCCUGGAGAGCACGGCUGGCACCGGGCACUACGUGAGUGUGGCAUGGGAGAGUGGGAGUGGGGAGUGGGGGAGUGCUGGGAAUAAGCAGCUGUGUGUCUGUCUGUCUGUCUGUCUGUCUGUCUGUCUGUCUGUCCCACAGAUCAUCUUCUCAGAGGACUACCAGCAGGUGGAGGGGCUGGCCUGGCACAACAAGCACUUUGCCUGCCUGGAGUGUGAGACGCUGCUGACGGGCAAACCCUUCACCCUGGCCAAUGCCAGCCUGCUGUGCACCACCUGCAGCCAGAGCCGGGCCUGAGCAGGGUCCCACAGGACUGGGGCACUGGGAAGCAGCACAAGGGGGGGUUAAACCAUUCCAGAGUCUGGCUGUUCACUCGCAAGCAGCUCAGUGUCCCCUGCAUCCAGCACAGCCGAGGGAAGCGUGUCCUUGGGGUCCUGGGGUGUGACAGAGCCCUCGGGGGCUGCAGGGGCACCUGGCAGGAGGGGCGGGGCUGGGCUGGGCUGGGCUGGGCUGGGCUUAUCAACUCUGUCCAACCUUCUUAUGACUAAGGUCUUGCAAUAGUCUUUUGGAAAUGACACAUCUCAACAGUGACUUCUGGCGUACUAAACCUGCAGUUGUGGUCAAAAA